AUGUGGGAUCUCUGGCAAGUGUCGCUCAUUUCACCUCGUGGCACUUUUCAUUACGUCGCAACGCUUGGAGGACAUUUACCUGACGGUGCCGACUGA